CGGAAAACAAGGAAAGAAGAAAGCAAUUUUCUCCAAUCCGGAACCUCCCUUUUGCAAAAACCAAGCCCCACACGCCACCCCGCUAACCACCACAAUGCUGCCCUCCAUUUCCAGAGCGGCGGCAGCAGUAGCAGCAUCAUCAUCAUCAUCAUCAUCUUCUGCAGCUUCAUCUCCUUCCUCUUCCCCUCUGCUCCUCAUCUCCUCCUCUCUCUCUAAACCCUCCGCCCCUCCCUCUCGCCUCAGCCCCUUCCUUUCUCUCUCCAAGCUCCCCCGCUCCCUCCCCAAGCGCCUUCCCCGGAACUCCCGCCUCGCCGCCUCCCACAGGUCCCCCAUGAACAUCCUCAACAAGCUCGGGUUCGGGCCCAGGACCCCCGACCCCUCGGCCAUGGACUCCUCGAUCGCCCAGGGCCCCGACGACGACGUCCCGGCGCCCGGCCAGCAGUUCGCCCAAUUCGGGGCGGGCUGCUUCUGGGGCGUCGAAUUGGCCCUCCAGAGGGUGCCGGGAGUGUCCAAGACCGAGGUCGGUUACUCCCAGGGGUUGCUGCACAAUCCCACCUACGAGGACGUGUGCACCGCGACGACGAACCACUCGGAGGUCGUGCGUGUCCAGUACGACCCCAAGGAGUGCGGGUUCGAGUCUCUUCUCGACGUCUUCUGGGCUCGGCACGACCCCACCACCCUCAAUCGUCAGGGGAAUGAUGUGGGCACCCAGUACAGGUCAGGAAUCUAUUACUAUACACCAGAACAGGAGAAAGCAGCUAGAGAAUCCUUGGAGCAGCAGCAGAAUCUCCUCAACAGAAAGAUUGUCACAGAAAUUCUGCCCGCCAAGAAGUUCUACCGUGCAGAAGAGUACCACCAGCAGUAUCUCGCUAAAGGAGGUCGUUUUGGUUUAAAACAAUCUGCUGCUAAAGGUUGCAAUGAUCCUAUCCGUUGCUAUGGCUGAAAGAAAUUGGUAUUGAUGUCAGGAUUGGAGUUGUCAUGGUCAUGCGGUUGGGGUGCUGUUUAUGUUAAAUAAGUGUCUAUGCAGUUGACUGCUUAAGAGGGCUGAUGGAUCUAGUUUGUUGCGUGAGGAAUUUUAACCCUCGUCUAUAAGUAUAUGGAUGCUCUUUUUUACAUGUUUCUUACUUUUUAUUGCACCUGCUCUGGUAUGGUUUAGCUUUGAUAUAGUACAGUCUCCUUGUUACCUUUCAGAGUUCAAUAGCGGAACUGCAAAACUAAUAUGUGAAGAGGAAUUUUACUAGCUU